AUGACGACCCCGAGUCCCGCCAACGACUUCAAUGCCGACUCUGAAGGCUCAGAUGCAACGAUUCUGAACAACGUUGAAGCGGAAGACAUCGACCUUGCUGGUAGACGGAACUCAAGUUUAUCCAAUGCAUCGUAUGAGAGCGACAGACGGCCGCCCAGCCAGCCGGCAUCCGACUUUGAGCAGUCGGCCCGGCAUUCCUUUGCGAGCGUCUCUGACGACAGACGGUCGGUAGGAGGCUCUGAACCGGCUGGUGGUAGAGUUUCUGCGUGUGAAAGCAGCUCACAGCAUGGCCAGGAUGAUGACGUCUUCAGUGAUCAUAGCCCGAGGAGCUCGACGUGCUCAAACGCCGAGGCGGAUCAUUUGAAGCAGCCCCAGGCCCCCUCUCGAAGAUUGACUGGCGGGUCACGAAUCUCUGAUAUGCAGCCCUAUGACCCGGACGAAGAAUUUAUACCGGCAGUCAGAGAGACGCCACGACCACCAUUUCGAUCGCCAUCCUCGGUCAAGGCUAUGCAGAUGAACUCUCCGCCGCCGUCGGUCUCGGGUUCGUCUCGCUCAAACCGUAGAGCUACUCGAUCAAGCAUUUCACGGAUAGGAUCGCCGGCCGUAACCACGCAAUUCUCCCCAAAGAAGACGCCACCUCGAUUCAAGAGAAACACGCCACCCCUGGUUCUUCUGCAUGUUACAUUGCUGCCCUUGCGGUGGCCGUGGGGCCACUUGAUGGACAACGCGCGGCCGAGCGAGCUGAGCGAUGCUUGCAAAAAUCUACGCGAAGCAUGGAAGCAGCUGCAAGCCCGAGUCGGAGACACGAUUUGUGACCGGGGCAUCUUGCUUCCACACCCUCAAAAUGAUUUUGAGAUCUUGGAGGAGCGGUUGCUCGAGGCGUUGGAGCUACCACUUCGACGCCGUGCUCGUAUUCUUGAAUGCGGCCACUAUCUCGGGCCCGCCAAUGAGAUGGCCACGCCGGAUGAUGAAAUCGGCAGUGAUGACGAAGAUUUCGAGCAAGGUGCCACCGAAGCAGAGGACCGCCAUUGGUGUUCGACUUGCCAAUCCGAUAUUCGAUACGAUUCUCUAGGAGAGGGCAAGAUGUUUCGAACCAAGGUGUACGCUAGCAACGGCCUAAUGAAGGCUGGUGCCUGGGAUGCCUGCUGGAAGGAAAUGGAGAGGGUUGAUGUUGAGCUGGAACCGAUCAUUGAUCCAUCGAUUGUGGAUGAACUCGAACGAAUUGCAGCCACUCAAGAGCGGGAGGCUAUAGAAGCCGAAAUAGCAGCGUCAACUCACAUGGAGCUAAAUGGUCCGGACGAUGCUUUUGACGCACCACCCGCUCAUGAAGACGAACGGGAAUUGUACGAAGAGAGGAUGCGUGAGAUAUACGGUCAACCUGAAAGCCACGAAGCUGUCCCGGAAGAAGUGAUUACAGAGAUGCCGAUUGAUCGAGAAGAUUCUGCUCAGCCAUGGUCUAUCGCCUCGGUGAUGGAUGUGCGAAGCGGUCCUUGGGCGGAUGUUUUCAAAUAUGGGCCGCGAGAUGUUGUCCAGCUACUCGUUUUUAUUCUCUGUGUGCUUCUUCUGCAGUAUUUGGGCAUUGGAUUCGACAGAUCAAGCAAGGUCGAGCCCAGAAAAAGCGAAAAUUCGUUGCCGGUCCCUGCGAUGCCGCCGCAAGAAUCUCCCGGCACCGAAAUAGCGGCUAGAGAGCCCACCCAUGGACAGCCAACCACUGCAAUGCCUCACCCCAUGGAAGAGUCUUACGCGGCCUGCACGUCUGCUCUUGAAGCCGCCCAUGCGUCAUUGGCUGUACCUGUGGCAGCGUUAACCGUUACGGUGACGGAGACGGUCUCUGUGCCCGCAGCCGAGACAGCACAGGUUGCCGAGGUGGAGCCACGCGUGGACGAGCAGUUGAUGCCAGAGACGCAAGAGGAACACACGAUGCUAGAGAAGCAAGAGGAACACACGAUGCUAGAGGCGCAAGACGAACAAACGAUGUUCGAGGGACUGGCUGAACACACGGCAGAAGCACCUAUGAAAUCAGCGAUACCCGCCGAGAACACGAUGCAUGAGGAUGAGGAGGAGGAUACGAAUGAACAUGGUGAUCUGUCCUCCGACGCGACUGGAAAAACGGAGUUGUAA